GACCGGUCAGACCACCAUGGCAACUGGUGCAGUAUGAAUUAUCCUUUCAGCACGCAAAGUGUCGUGCUUGUCGCUGUGCUGGGAACGGUCUUGCCAGUUCUCUAUCGGAUAGUCUCUUCGCCUCUUACUCUUAUCCUAAUAUCCCCAUUUGUCUUGUUAUUCUUGGGACUCAGUUUUCUUGCUCUUCAUGUCUUUAUCGGCCAUAUCCUGGAUUCUAGGAACCCCCGUCCACAUAAUACGGUUCACAAAGCCGCCAGGCCUUUUGCAUUCUCAACCCCUGCAGCAUGGCAGGCCGUCUUGACUAGAUCGCAGUGGUCCCAAAAUACUCCACAAUCUUUCCCUCCCUUAUGUCCAGAAUCACCAAUGGUGUCUGCCGCACUGAAUGACAUUUUAAUCAUGAUUGUCAGAGACUUCGUCCUGACUUGGUACAAGGAAUUGUCUUCCUCUCCGUCGUUUCCUGUCGCUGUGUCUUCAGUUUUACAUGAUUCGAUUUCUCAACUUCUGAAUCGCGCGGCGGCCAUUGAUAUCCCAACUCUCGUCGUGAAGCGUAUCCUUCCUCGAAUAACGGAACAUAUUGAAUUGUUCCGACAAUCCGAGAUUGCACUGCGAGGGGCAGGCUUAGAACGUCGGUUGACGCACUCAGAGGAACUCGAUAUGAUGCUUGCAAGUAGAUACGGUGCUGGAAGUGAAGCGGGAAAACUGCAUCCAGCAAUAGAAAAUCUGUCUACCACGUUCACUAGGCAGAGCGAAGAGGCGCAUUUGAAACGGCUCAUUGACAAAGCUCUUCCUUAUGUGUUACCCGAAACGGAAAACAGAAGCAAGGCGCUGAAGAUUGUGGUGCGAGAAAUUGCGGCAUGCGUUGUAUUGUAUCCCGUCAUGGAAAUGUUGUCAGAUCCGGACUUCUGGAAUCGGGCGAUUGACCAAGUGGCAACUGCCGCAAUUCAUCAACAGAAACUGAUCACCAAAGUCCGGAACGUAUUAGAGGCGCAAUCUCCUCGUCCUCAAAAUCACAAUCGUUUAUCAACUGUAAACCCGAGCAAUCCUGCGCUUACAACGGAAACUAUCACCAUACGCACGGAUGCCCACCAAUUUGAAUCCUUUCUACGAAGUAUACAUCGGUGCUCGUCCCUUCUCGAUGCUCGGCGUUUGAAGAACGAUGUUUUGGGAGAGAUACGGCGAACCAGAAUAUUACUAGCAAAUCAUGAAAAGGAUGACUGGAUAAAUGGAGAGAAAACUGAAGACGUGGUUGCCUUUCUUGAUAGACUUUACACUGCGAAACGUAAAGUCGAGCAACGGAUCGUAGAACUAGGUGGAGGGGAGGACUCGACCAUCUACCAAGAGACCGGUAGUCUCACCAAGUCAGGUAUCACUCUUCGUGAUAUUCUCAGCAACCCUAGCUCUCUUUCGUAUUUCAUGGAGUUCAUGGACCGUCGGAAUCGCUCCCUGUUGGUGCAAUUCUGGCUCACCGUCGAGACCUUCAAGAAUCCGUUGGAAGCUGUUGAUUCGAGUUCCGAGGAUGAUGAAGAUGAACCGGUACAAGACGCAUUGACAGCUAUCACUGUGAAGGAAGAUAUAUCCAUGAUCCACGAUCUUUACUUCUCCGGUACUAUUCACCCCGUGCUUUCAUCUAUACCUAAGAAAUACGUGGAGUCCAUCCGAGCUUUUGUCCGAAACGAGGUUGAGAACUCUCGUGUUGCUCAGGGACGCGUACGCAAGAACGUACUUCUUGCUCAGCGUCAAGUGGAGCGCGACAUGGAACAUGACUUUGAGGACUUACGCGUUCCUCCACCUCCAAAAGAGAAACGCUCUUCAAACGUUCGUACUGGGAGUACCCAUGACUCUGAUACCCCCAAAUCAUACCGUCCAUCUCUUCUACCACGUUCAGGAUCUGCACCAGGACCCUUUCCUAAGACAGAAAUGCCAGGCUCUACUCAGUCUCUCCGUUCGGUUGAUUCUGUUGCUUCUGCAAAAAUUUCAUCCAUGGCCCAUCCUACAAAAAGCAAUAUUGAAAUACUCAUGUCUCCUGUUACGGAUGCUUCUUCCGACUCUGAACGAGCUCCGCUAUUCGACGAUCCUGAUGAUCGCGCGCAAAGGGCAGAAGAACAUCGGAUGGACGCGAUUCAUGCCGCUUUGACUGAUAUCAUGGCAUUGGAUGAGGCCCACUAUGGCUCGGAGGAAGAUAUCGAUGAUCGUGUGUCGAUGUUCUUGUCCCCCAGAUCUCCCAGAGUCAAAAAACAGGGUGAUGCAUUCUCCCAGGAGGUUGAUGACCACAUUGUUGAGCCUGAUGAGGACGUACCCGAUGAGAUGGAAGAGGGGCGCGGAUCAUUCCAACUUGCUGGUCCCGGCGAUCUUCAGUUAUCGUAUGAGAUAGCUCGACUGGCAGACAAGAUUUUGAGUGUACAGACUCAAGAGAUCAUGUUGGACAACCUUAUAAAGAAGGCGGAGCUUACUGGCGACAAUCAGGAAUUAAGACUUCUGAAUCGCUCGAAAUCUUCGAUGAACCGUGAACUGCGAGAGUUGAAUUUUCAGAAGGUGCAAUACGAACAGCAGGAGUCUGCAAACCGUCUCGUCUCUGAUCGUACCAAAAUUUCCAUCGUUAGCUCAGCGGCUGGAGAAGAGGAAGGAAAAUCCGUCGUCCGUUACCUGAUUGAGGUUCAGCAAUUGGGUCUAGACGGCACUUUCUCCUCUGGCUGGGUUGUUGCAAGGCGAUACAACGAGUUUUUAACCAUGCACAACAAGCUACGAGAAAAGCAUAGUGCCGUGAGGAACUUGGAGUUUCCGGGUAAAAGUCUUGUCCCCCAUCUUUCCAUUAAUUUCGUAGAUACUCGGCGGGCUGGUUUGGAGAAGUAUUUGCAGGGUUUGAUAUCCAUUCCCCUCGUCUGUGAAAGCGACGAGCUCAGAACUUUUCUUUCUCGCGAGUCUCCGUUCGUAGCGUCCGAACACCACGAUCAACCCAACCGUCGUGGACCAGUUGCCGGAUUCUCUGGGACGGAACUAGUGCGAAAUGUAUAUCGAUCCGUAACCGGAAGCAUCGAUGACAUGUUAUUCGGGCAGUCGAUGCUGGAUGUCAUGAUACAGCGUCUCACUCGACAAGCAGCCGAAUUUGCCGGAAUAGUUGGGUCCGGAGUUACGGACGAAAACUUCGUUGCACAAGCUCUGAAUGCUUCAGGAAAGACUGCUCCUGCUGCACUCAUGCAGUUAUCUGCCGAUUUAAAACCACUGGAAGGAGAAUCCAGCACAUCCACAUUCAGUGCCCCAAUAUGUGAUCUCUUACUUGCAAUUUUCGAGCUGAACAAGCAGAACAACUGGCUACGAAGACAAGCCGUUGUCAUUAUCUUACAGCAAGUGCUUGGUGGCACUAUUGAACGGAAAAUUCGUGAAACGAUCAAGUCGUUGCUGGAUGAACCUAGGAUUAUGUCAUACUUGAAGAUUUUCCGUGAUGGUUUGUGGCCCGCAGGAAAGCUCAAACCUCAAAGCGUUCCCCGUACUCCUGAAGAAAGAUCACGGAGUAGGGAUGAAGCCAACCGAAAGCUAUCUGCCCUAGUACCAGAUCUGGCUGCAAAUAUGAUUGGACGAUCCAAUGCUCGGCGAGGAGCCCGACGAAUAUUUGCUGUGUUGCAAAAUCGUAGACUCAAUCAGCACAUUGCAUACACUGUUGUAGACGAGGUUUUCUCUGCAUUAUUCCCUGAGUCCACACCGAAUACCAAGGUAGAGCGAUUAAUGACCUAACUAUUAGUAUCAUAAAGAAAUGGAACAUCUGUAAAUACUUAUGCAUCAUCAAUUAUGACCCGUUUGACAUUAAUCAUGGACUUGGCGGCCUUAAGAACGGUGGUGUAGCUUCAGAAGAAUCCAAUGUUUGCUCCGUAUCCGUUUUGGGCUUUUUACUGCGAGGUAUUAUGACAGAGUUGGCCGUAGGGUCAUCGUAAACUUUUAUGACAUGUAGAAUAUAGCCCCCCGAGCCAGAUGAGUUCAUUGUAGGAUGAGUCCGUCCGGGAAGCACCUGGUAUUUUCGAAGCCAGC